CUCCUCGCGCGCCAAGCAGCUGAUUCCCCCGCCGCCUCCGCCGCGGGCGCCCCACCCCCAUCCCCAAGCCCGGGGACCCCGGGGCCGGCAACGCCGUCGCGGGCCCGCCCUGCCCCUCACUCCCCGCCCUUCACUCCCCGAAAUGUUCGGGCCCAGCGAAACCCCCGCCAGGGGCUGGCGCUCAGCAAGGCCACGCGGAGGGGCGGGCCCAGGAAAGGGGGGCCCCCAACAUGGCCACCCGGCCGUCCACAGAGCGGGCCGAGGAAACCUCCGCCUCCACUUCCGGAAUUUGAACCGGUUUCCGGAAGCCAGGACGGUGUCUCCAUGACAACCGACGUUGGGGCGGGAGGUGCGCUGCUUGAGGACUAGCAGAGAAAGUGUCCGGAAGCCGGCGCCUUGUUGUUGUUUGGGUUUUGGCUUCUUGCCAAGGCAGCCCCGUUGUUAAAGCGGCUUCGGGGAGGCGAGGGGGCGUGCCCCGGGGCAAAGGGAGCGGCGGGCGGCGGCAUCCCGGCUCCACUCCCCGGCCCGCUGGCCGGUGUCCUGAACUCUGACCUGCAGGACGGGGAUCGUGCUUUCCCGCCUUCAGAGGAGCUGCAGGGGUAGAGGGAGCUGCCUCGGUGCUGGUGAGUACGCGAUAACUACCAGUAUCUGAUGAAGGAGGAAGCUGGGCGCAGAGAAACCACGUUCCUGCCCGCAGCAGGCGGGCCUUCAGCAGGCGAGCUGGGCGCGGCUCCUGACCCCUCAGCCUCUGAGAUGCGGGUACACGCCCGCUAACGGCUGCUGCGCAGGCGGUGUGGGAUGAAACAAAGUGAGAGCACCCAGACCAGACUGCCUGGAUCCGAAUCCCAGCUCUGCCGCUUUCUAGCAGUGUGACCUUGGACAGAUUAGUUCAUCUCUCUGGACCUCAGUUGUCCCAUCUGUAAAAUGGGGAGUAUCUUCUACUUCGUGAGAUUUAAACAAUAGGAGUGCUUAGACUGGUCCCAGCACACAUGUAAAGGAUUGCAGCCGCAGCUCUUGUCUUAGAGUAAAAGAAACAGCUCUGCUUCUUCUCCCUGGGCGCCGGGCGAGUCGGGUGCUUCCUGGGGGACGUGGAAUGCGCCCUCGGCGGCCGAGAGCAGAGGAAGAUGCUGCAGGCCAGCGGCUACAGCCUGGUGCUCUGCCUGCAGCUCCUGCUGCUGACCUAUGACCUCUUUGUCAACUCCUUCUCGGAGCUGCUCCGCGCGGUGCCCGUCAUCCAGCUGGUGCUGUUCAUCAUCCAGGACAUCGCGAUCCUCUUCAACAUCAUCGUCAUCUUCCUCAUGUUCUUCAACACGUUCGUCUUCCAGGCCGGCCUGGUCAGCCUUCUGUUCCACAAGUUCAAGGGGACCAUCGUCCUGGCGGCCGUGUACUUCGCCCUCAGCAUCGCCCUCCACGUCUGGGUCAUGAACUUACGCUGGAAAGACUCCAACCGCUUUGUGUGGACAGAGGGGCUUCAAACGCUGUUUGUGUCCCAGAGGCUAGGUAAGGGCGGCGGCCUCAGGCCCCCGCGGUCCCCCGCGGCUCUGGCGGUGAGGGCCUGGGCCCUGGCUUGUGAGCCCCCACAGCUGGUGGGGGGCGGGGGACAGCCACACCAACAACGGGGCCGCUGCCCGUGCUGCGGAGAGUCCCUGGGCGUCAGGAGGAGGCUGCAGCCUCCUGGGGCUCCGUUCUCGCUGAAGCAAGUCCUCAGGGGCCCGGCCUCCUCCUCUCGCCCCCAGCGGCGGUGUUGUACUGUUACUUCUACAAACGCACGGCCGUGAGACUGGGCGACCCUCGCUUCUACCAGGACUCCGUGUGGCUGCGCAAGGAGUUCACACAAGUCCGAAGGUGACGCGUCACACUGAUGGGUGCCUCCUGCCUAGCAGGGGCCACAUGUGGAUCUGCGAGGGGGACGAUGGCCCCGGGCCUGGGACACAACCGACAGGCUCAGGCCAGUUGUGUCCAGCAGCCGAGAAGCAAGAUCCUCCCUCUUGUAAACUCAGGUUCCGGUGCAGACUCCAGGCCAUGCAUAGCCCCCCGGCCCCUCUCGGCUCUGCCCGCUCCUCCCCCCUCUGCUCACAGGGCCCUCAGCUUUAUCCGUGGGAACUCCCCGCAUCUGCGCUCUGCUCCACAUACUAAGGACCAGGCGACACAAAGAGGGGUGUUUCUGUGCUGCUGACUGGCCAUGCCUGGGACAUUGAGAUUCUAUGCCCAAAGCCCUUUCUGUUUCUUACGUUUUAUAAAUAGGGAAUAAAUGGAAGUUUUUCCAGAAA